GUCGCAGCGCGCACGGACGGAGACGGUGACGGUGGCGGUGCCUGGUCGGGGCGUAGGCGAGAGUGAGAGCGAGCGAGAGCGCGGCUCCUUGCAGGCUGUGUGCGCCCGGCAGUCAUCAUGAGUGAUCAGGCUUUGAGCUUCCUGAAGGACUUCCUGGCAGGUGGCGUCGCCGCCGCCGUCUCCAAGACCGCGGUGGCCCCCAUCGAGAGGGUCAAACUGCUGCUGCAGGUCCAGCAUGCUAGCCAACAGAUCAGUGCUGACAAACAGUACAAAGGGAUCAUGGAUUGCAUCGUGAGAAUCCCUAAGGAGCAGGGCUUCAUCUCUUUCUGGAGGGGUAACCUGGCUAAUGUGAUCCGUUACUUCCCCACCCAAGCUCUCAACUUCGCCUUCAAGGACAAGUACAAGCAACUCUUCCUGGGGGGCGUGGAUCGGCAUAAGCAGUUCUGGCGCUACUUCGCUGGUAACCUGGCUUCCGGUGGGGCAGCUGGGGCCACCUCCCUCUGCUUUGUAUACCCGCUGGACUUUGCUAGAACCAGGUUGGCUGCUGAUGUGGGCAAGGGCUCUGCCCAGCGUCAGUUCAAUGGCCUGGGCGACUGCAUCACCAAGAUCUUCAAGUCUGAUGGCCUGAAGGGUCUGUAUCAGGGUUUCAGUGUCUCUGUCCAGGGCAUCAUCAUCUACAGAGCUGCCUACUUUGGAGUUUAUGAUACUGCCAAGGGGAUGUUGCCAGAUCCAAAGAAUGUGCACAUUUUUGUGAGCUGGAUGAUUGCCCAGAGUGUGACAGCAGUCGCAGGGCUGGUGUCCUACCCCUUUGACACUGUUCGCCGUAGGAUGAUGAUGCAGUCUGGCCGGAAAGGAGCUGAUAUUAUGUAUACUGGGACAGUUGACUGCUGGAAGAAGAUUGCCAAAGAUGAAGGAGCCAAAGCGUUCUUCAAAGGUGCCUGGUCCAAUGUACUGAGAGGCAUGGGUGGAGCUUUUGUACUGGUAUUGUAUGAUGAGAUCAAAAAGUAUGUCUAACAUAAUUAAAAUUCAACUUCACUGAUUCACGGUGGACUUACUUCAUAAGUUCACAGAUCCAUUAUGUGGUUUAAUAGACUAUUCCUAGGGAAAUAAAAAGACAGAUAUUGGAUAAACCCAGACCAUAAAGAAUACCUCAGAAAAAUGCAUCAUUGAGUAUUCAUUAAACCACAAAUGUAUUUUGUAUUUAUUUUACAUUUAAACUCCCACAACAAAUAGAAAAUAACUUAUCAUACUUGUACAAUUAACUGAAGAACUAAUCAUGAAAACAAAAAACAAUGUGAAUCAUCAAUAAAGACUACUUAACACCUA